AUGGCGACAAAGAAGAGCGUCGGAUCAUUGAAGGAAGCGGAUCUGAAGGGGAAGAGAGUGUUCGUUAGAGUGGAUCUGAACGUUCCAUUGGAUGAUAACUUCAACAUCACCGACGACACUAGAAUCAGAGCUGCCGUCCCCACCAUCAAAUAUUUGAUCGGUUCUGGCUCUAAAGUCAUCCUCGCCUCUCACCUUGGGCGCCCGAAAGGUGUUAUGCCAAAGUUCAGUUUGAAGCCUCUUGUGCUCAAGCUCUCUGAACUACUUGGAGUUGAGGUCAAAAUGGCUAACGACUGCAUAGGUGAAGAAGUUGCGAAAUUGGUCGGCGAACUCCCGGAAGGAGGUGUUCUUCUCUUGGAGAAUGUUAGAUUUUACAAAGAAGAGGAAAAGAAUGAUCCUGAGUUUGCAAAGAAGCUUGCAUCCCUUGCAGACUUGUAUGUUAAUGAUGCCUUUGGAACUGCACAUAGAGCCCAUGCUUCGACAGAGGGAGUGACUAAGUACUUGAAGCCUUCUGUUGCUGGAUUCCUUAUGCAGAAGGAGCUUGACUAUUUAGUCGGAGCUGUUUCCAACCCCAAGAAGCCCUUUGCUGCGAUUGUUGGUGGCUCAAAGGUAUCCAGUAAAAUUGGUGUUAUCGAGUCGCUGUUAGAGAAGGUAGACCUUCUCUUGCUGGGUGGAGGAAUGAUCUAUACUUUCUACAAAGCCCAAGGACAUGGUGUGGGAUCUUCACUUGUUGAGGAGGAUAAGCUUGAUCUUGCAACUUCACUAAUGGAGAAGGCCAAGGCUAAGGGGGUAUCUUUAUUGUUACCUUCUGAUGUGGUUGCUGCUGACAAAUUCGCUGCUGAUGCUAAUAGCAAGAUUGUUCCAGCAUCUGGAAUCCCAGAUGGCUGGAUGGGAUUAGAUAUUGGACCUGACUCUAUCAAAUCAUUUAGUGAAGCUUUGGAUGCUACCAAAACCAUAAUUUGGAAUGGACCAAUGGAGGGAGUGACCAAGUACUUGAAACCUUCUGUUGCUGGAUUCCUUAUGCAGAAGGAGCUUGACUAUUUAGUCGGAGCUGUUUCCAACCCCAAGAAGCCCUUUGCUGCGAUUGUUGGUGGCUCAAAGGUAUCCAGUAAAAUUGGUGUUAUUGAGUCGCUGUUAGAGAAGGUAGACCUUCUCCUGCUGGGUGGAGGAAUGAUCUUUACUUUCUACAAAGCCCAAGGAUAUGGUGUCGGAUCUUCACUUGUUGAGGAGGACAAGCUUGAUCUUGCAACUUCACUAAUGGAGAAGGCCAAGGCUAAGGGGGUAUCUUUAUUGUUACCUUCUGAUGUGGUUGCUGCUGACAAAUUCGCUGCUGAUGCUAACAGCAAGAUUGUUCCAGCAUCUGGAAUCCCUGAUGGCUGGAUGGGAUUAGAUAUUGGACCUGACUCUAUCAAAUCAUUUAAUGAAGCCUUGGAUACUACCAAAACCAUAAUUUGGAAUGGACCAAUGGGUGUGUUUGAGUUUGAUAAGUUCGCAGCUGGAACUGAGGCCAUAGCCAAGAAAUUGGCUGAACUCAGUGGCAAGGGGUUGACAACAAUCAUUGGAGGAGGUGACUCUGUCGCUGCUGUUGAAAAGGUUGGGGUGGCGGACAAGAUGAGUCACAUCUCAACCGGAGGUGGUGCCAGCUUGGAACUUCUCGAGGGGAAACAGCUACCUGGAGUUCUUGCCCUCGAUGAUGCUUAG